AACAAUUUUUUUUUCUUUUCUCUUUCUUGGUUUUACUUUUCUCUUUUCUUUGUAAUUAGUUGAUUAAUUGUUCUUCUUGUAGUUUUUUUUCUCACUUUAAAGGUUUAUCAUUAUGCCUAAAAUUGUCUCCAGAAGUAUCGCUUGCACUGAUUCCAAGAAUGAAGAGGAAUAUAAUGAUGAAAAGAAUCUCAAUGUUUACUAUUGUAUUUGUGGUCAAAUGUCAUUAAUUCUUGAUUGUAAUUUGGAUCGAUUGCCAUUGAGGCCUCGUGAUAAAGCUCGUGUUAUUGAUGGUGAAAAGCGCGUGUACAAAUUACAUAUCGCUGAGUCGACUGAGGAAAAUAUUGUCUACUUGAGAAGAGAAAAUGGAAUCGAGAAACAAUUUCGAUACAAUUGUAAAAGAUGUGAUCUUCCAAUUUUCUAUAAACAUAAGCCCGAUUCUAAUGUUUUGUUUGUUAUUCAAGGAGCAUUAAGAUAUCGACCUCGAGAUGUUCAAACCAGAACUCCUGCUUCUCAUGAUAAUAAAAAGGUUAUGGUUACAAAGAAGACUCGUGACAUGGGAAAGUUUAGUUCUGUCACCGUUUCAACUGUCGAUGAAGAGGAAGAGGAAAUUGAAGCUCGUGAAGUUGCAGAUAGUUAUGCUCAAAAUGCUAAGGUGAUCGAGAAACAAUUGGAAAGAACUGGACAAUUAAAACGAAAAACUGAUUCAACACAAGAUUCAAGUGAUAAACGACAUAAACCUAGAGGAACAUUAGUCGAUUGGGAUAAAUGAGAAUCAGUAAAUCAUUUGAAAACUCUUUUUUUCUCCUUUAUUGUACAUGGUUAUUUGUAUUUGUAGAAUUUUGUUUCUUUCGUCUUCGCAAUUUACAUUAAAUAAUUGAGAUUAAUUCAAAUAAAUCGAUAAUUUUUGCACCAA